AAGUUGGCUCUCAGCGAGAGUAUAUCGUAUCGGCUGUUGUUUUGCUUCAGAUGCUUGUCGUCUAUCGAUUGAAUCGAAAUUUUUUGGUUGGAAUUUUUGCGUUGGAAAUUUUUUUCAAACAAAAAAAUUAAAUAUUCAUUCAAAACGAGCGAAUAAAAACUCGAAAUAUAAAAUGUUGAUGAGCAAAACACGAAAACUGAAACACAAACAUUUUACCCGUUUUGACAUUUGAAUCAACGAUUCCUAUAACACAAAUGGCGCUGUUGCUAGUUGUUGUCACUUUUUCACUGUCUCAUUCGAAUUUCAUUCGUUGUUUAACAUCUGAAAAAACUACAUCGCAUCUCGAAGCACAGCAUUUGGCGAGCCUUUUUUCACACAGUUUGGAAACUGUUUUUAACGCGUGAUUUUGUUAGCAUUUGUUAAAGAUCUUUUUAGUAUUAUUUUAAACGGUAUUUUUGAUUAGUUAUUAGUUUUAAUUUGAAUUGAAUUGAAGACGAUAUCGAAUAUGUGGAACCAGAUCGGUGUUCUAUCAGAAGAUGAAGUGUUCAAUGACACAUUCUCGGUGAACACUUUGGUGCGCAUCGACAAUAGCGAUCCAACUUCGAUCGAUCAUGAUCCGAGAUUACGGGCCACCUAUCGCAAUGAGCAUGUUGUCGUUGCCAUCGAUAAAAUAUUGCAUUUGUUGGAAAAGGAUUUGAUUAGCGGCCGAAGCCAGAAUACAAAAGUCAUUGCAUUUCCGUGCGACAUCGAUUGUUUGACGAUUUCAUCGGAUGGUGCGCUGAUAAUAUGCGGCCUAUCGGAUGGAAGUAUAGUCGGUUUGGCGUUGGCCAGCAUGGAUAAGGGACCUGUAUUCAACACCCAAAUCAAUAAGCAAAAUGUAGAUGAAUCGUUCAAUACACCACGGCGCACAUUCGUUGAUGUUAUCGAAUACUAUUCGACAUACUACUUUUGCUGUACAAAUGGUGUCGUUUAUAAGCUUCAUGGAAUCGACAACUUAGUAAAACCAGAACCAAAUGUGGGUUUUGAUGAAACAAUUAGCAAUAAUAUCACGUUGGAUAUAGCCAACGCAAAGCGUACGAAUGUCGUUGUUUCGUCAUACACAAUAACAACCUACGAAGGUCAUCCGAUGCACGUUUACUCUGGUGAAGACCACAUUUUCAUGAAAUCUCACGGAGUUGAGCAUCGAAUCAAAUUGAAUGGCGUCAAGCAAUUACAAAGUGAUAACACUUUGACGUUUGCGUUAACAGAAAGUGGAGCUAUGUUCGAAUUGUGUCCAUACACAGGUCUGGUGAAUCCCAUUGAAUCAAUCGAAAAAGUUCAAGACCUCAUCAUGACGGCCACUAAUGAUGAUGGUAUCGAAAUACUUGCAUUAACCGCAGAUCGAUCAGAAUCGACAUUUUUGAAGGUUUUUGAUUUUCCAAAUAUGAAUUGCAAGUGUUCGUUGCCUGUAUCCAAUCAGGUCUGGUUGAUAGAUCAACCAAAAGCAUCCGCAAGUAUCUUUUACUUCGGCGGAAAUCGAUCAACGCCGUCAAAAUAUGUCGAAAGUAUCCACUUGAAUAUGGUAUCCGAGUCACAGCCCGAAAAACGUCUUCACACUCUUUUGACCAAGGGCAUGUUGGUUGAAGCUGAAGAUUUGGCAAGGAAAUUCAACUUGGACCCGCAACCAAUCUAUGAAGUGAAAGCCAAGCGAAUCCUGCAAGAAAUGGGUUCAAUCAAUCAAAAUGAUGUUGAAACAUUGCAAAAACGUCUUGAUGAUUUGAUUGGAGUGGCCAAGAAAAUCACAAACACUGAAUUCCUUCUACAGCUACGCAACUUGGAAAUGCCCGAUCGAAAGGUUAUGAAGAAACUCUUGGAGUUUUUGACCAAAGCCAUCAAGUUUGAUAAUCACCCGAAAAUCGGCGAGGAGAUCAAAGAGCAACUGCUGCGAUUGAACACUCUACAGUUGAUUGACCCGAAUGAAUGCAUGAUGCAAUGGCAAAAGUUCGUUCAGCAUCAAAAUUUAGGGAAUUAUUGCUUGAAAUACAUGGAAACGAAUAUUUCAGCCGCGUGUUUAAUUUUGAAACAGCAUGCAUGUUGCAUCAUUCCACAUUUAAAGCACGAAACGGCUCUCAAAAUGCUGAGAGAAAUCCCGAAGGAAAUCGAACCAUUCGGCAUAAUUCAGUGGAUGCGUCAUUUUUUCCCACUAGUUGCAGAAGAAUUGCCGGAAACAAUGCCGAAAAUCAUCGAUUGGGUCAUAGCGAAAACAGUAUCCUACGAGCGUUCAAACGAUUGGCCAGCCAUUGGCAUUGAAUUUGGCAAAAAAAUGUUGGACAUAUGCAAGAGCGUUAAGUUCACAUUUGCCGAUCAACGUCGUCACUAUGAUCUCAGCCUGGAAAAAUUGAGCACGAUCAUCGAUGCUAUGGAAGAGCUUUUGGUGCUGAAAAACCAGUACAAUUUGCAUGUCAAUUUCGAGGAGUAUCACGAAAGCACGAUUGAAGACUGUGCUUUCAAUUUGUUGCAACGCAUCAAUAUAAAAAAUCUACCGGAUCUAGUGAACAAGUUCCUGUUUGUGGUGUUCACUGAAAAGGGGGCAAAGCUUCAGAAUACACUGACUCGAUACAUCGAGCAUUUAACACAGUACCGUUCAGCAUUGCGAAUGUGGUUGCCUCGAGCGGUGGUCUGUUUAAAAUUGAUCACAAAUCAAGAAGUGAAAUUGAGGUAUGCAUUGACGAUAGCAAAAUUGGCACCAGUUCCAUGGCCCGAAGAAAUGAAUCCGAUCAUUGAGCUUCGUGCAUCGUCACAUGCAUUUGCAAAAGAAAUCGAUAACGAAUACAAAAUGCAGCAAGUGAAAAUGUUGCGUACCAAGUAUGGAUGGCGUGCUGAUUCCAGUGGCAAUCCGACGAAAUUUGUACUUCGCAUGAUAACCCAAAACCGUGAUGAAUUGCUUUCGGAUUUGGAGAUUUUCAAGAAAUUCUCCUCGGAAAUAAAUCCGGAAACAAAUUUCUAUUGUGUCUAUCAUUUGUCGCGUGAUGGUCAUAUUCAAAAAGCGAUACAGUAUCUCAAGACACUCAGCGAAGAUGAAGCUCGAACGUGUUAUACGAAGAUUGCCAAUAUCACUCCACUCAUGAUUGGCGAUUACAUGAAUAAGCCCGAAACGUAUGAGCAUUUAAUGGAGCUUCUGGUAUUUGUAAUGGAUAAGGAUAUCGGUGAUGAGAAUAAAGAGAAAAUCAAGGAUCUGAAGAAUUUACAGCUGCUGAAAAAGAGUGCAUUGAACAUGAGCCUCACAUUGGAAGAGUUGGCCAAUAAGGAAAAGGUCAAGGUGUACUUAGACACUGGCAUCGACAAAUUGCUUCAAAUUCUCAAGACAAACGAGAAGAAUUUGGCUGAUGACAUCUGGCAUAAUGUCAAAGUAUUGGCAGCAGCGUUGAAAGUGAAUAAGUUUGAUAUCAUUUUCAAGCUGGCCAUAACAAUCAACAAUGUCAAAUUCACAACGCUGUUGGCCAAACUGUUCCGCGAUGAAGACGCUGGAACCAAUCAGAAUUAUAUCAAAAUGGCUGUGACUCUGAUCACUCAGCAGUAUCAUGCAUCAUCAUCGGAAUCAGUUUGCCCGGAUGAGUCAGACUCAUACGCUUAUCCAAUGGCCUGUUUUUAUGCACAAAAGGUGAAGGGAAUGGACAUAGUUGAUGUGCAGCAGCUCAUCCACUUUGCCAAAAUUGGAAUGAAUGCAUUCGAGCUCACGCAAUUUCAUCAGUUUCUUGAUGGGAAUGUUGACGACGAUGACGAGACAAUUCAAGACGCUCUUGAGAGCCUGAACAAGCUGGAAACAACAUCCACAACUCGCCGCCGUGACUCGAUGUCAAUAUUUGAAGAAGUGAACCACGUUAAUCCGAUUCCUGUGAUUGAACAUAAAAGCGCAGCAGUAAUCAAGACUCUGUCACUUACGCUGCAAGCUGUGAUAUGUGAAUUACAGCCAACGACAUCGUUCUACAACUAUUUCAAGGACGUUCAUACUACAGAUGAACCUUUCGAUCGCAACAAGCUACUGUCAUCGUUGGAACAGUUGGUCAAAAUGAAGCUGCACACAACGGUCUUCUCAAUCAUUCACUGUAUCCGAACGCAACAAAAGUCCUCCAGCAAAAAGCUAUUUAGUAGCAGUUUGGAAGAUAUGUACUUUCAAAAGGUGUUGAAGUCAGCAUUGCAUCAAAAGGAGCCGCAAUUCCACUUGCUAGUCCCGAUACUACGCUCCCACUCCGACCCUGAAAGAGCAUUACGAAUGCUAUCAGACGAGCUAAAAGGUGGUCUGUCAAAAAUGAACUGCCUACAAUUAACCGAAAAGUAUUGCGAACUCACUGGCGACGCUUUUCUGGCUAAAGCGGCCAAGGAAGCACAUUUGAAAUACAAGUAUUACAUGCAAUUGCGACAGCUCGACCCGAGUAUCAAAGAUGAUUUCCAGAUCUCGUUCCCCGAACUUUUCACAUCGAUGAAUCAGAAAAUGUUUGAUAUUCAGUUGCUGGAGAGAAUGAGCAAAGAUUUCGAAUGGAGCUUCCAGAAGGUGCUCGUCACACAGAUUAGUACGAUUCUUAGUGUGCAAGAGCUCGAGUUUGACACCCAAACCAAUGAAUUGGGUGAAGAAAUCACUGUUGUUCACACAUCAGCAGAAAAAUUGCGAGCUUUGUGCGAACCGUAUCUUGCACAAGUGACUGAUAUGAAAAUGCUCGGCAAUAAUUUGUAUGAAAUCAUCAACAAUAUCAAUCCGUAUUUCUAUGAGCUCUUCUUGUGUGUGCUCAAUAUCUUAUCGGAGAUUCGAGAGCUUCGAGUUGAAGUGCAGCAAUGGAGCCACAUCUUGCUAUUUCUCAAGCACAAAAUGGUUAAGAAGCGUGAAAGACGGGUCGCUCAAUUUGAAACCGAUUGGUGGAUUCGAAAACAGGGCGAAUCGACGAUAAUGCCGAAAAUAUCAAAGUAUCGUUUGCCAUUCUUGAUGGUCGUCACUGAAUCGCUGCAAGAUUUUCUUGGAGACGUGGUGACAAUCGAAGAUUGUGUUGAAUGGUUCCCGUUGAUCAAGUUCAGUUCACAUAUGCAUGGCAUUGUGAAUGCUGUUGAAAUCGACCAGGAAAAAGAUACGCUAUGCAUGACCGUGUUCAAAAAAGUGCUAAGCGAGCGUCAAUCGAGCAAUAAGGAGCAUAGCGCGUGGUGCUUGCAACCGGUGAAUAAUGCAUUCUUACAGUCGGUGAUGCAUGUUGUGUAUCAUAUGAAAGAUAUUCAUCGCAUUUUAUUGGUUUUGUAUAUGGUGUUCAGCAAUGCACCAGAAGGGGCCGAUCAAUUGGAAGCCGCAUAUCAAUGCUACAAGUUUGUCAAACAAAAUCAAGCGGCGCUGAACGAAGUGCAACGAUCGAAAGAUCUUGCUCUUAAAAUCAAAAGCAAGUAUUCGGUGCUUAAAGUGCAACAUCAACUGCACUUGUACGGCUUGUACGAUGAUGAUUUGUCUGACUUGAUUGCCAAUCCACAAGAGCUCAUCAAAGCACUGUACAAUCGCACAAAUUUGAACAACACCGAUUCCAAGUGCGAUGUGAACAAGGUGGCCGAAGAAUUUGCCAAAUUGUUUGGAUUGAAAUUCCAUGACAUUCAAACGAGUCUGCUAAAGCAAUGGCUUGCAGUUGGAGCAACGAAUGAAAAUAACCCACUGGAGCAAACGCUGUAUGAUGAUGAGCUCAAUUCAACCGUUACACCAAUGAAAGAUGAAGACGAGAAUGCCAAUCUUUCGGUUGAAAAAGCAUACUACAUACUCAAAUCAUGGGAUCCAGUGGGUGCGUCACAAUUUAUCAUCAACAAUAUAUUCACUGGGCAGGGCGAAAGCAUGAACACCAGCCGUCAGCUGCAGCUGUUCGAAUGUCUCAUCAAAUUGGCCAACAAAGAUAUGAACCCAACAUUCUUAGAAUUUGUCGAAGAAUCAAAGUACAUUGCACUGAAAUGUGUGCAUCAUUUGAAGCCGUUCGGUUAUAUGUUGUCGAUUGAAAAGUUCCAAUCGUAUGAUAAAAUCAAAAUUCUAAAGCAAAUUUGGUCGUCGCAUGCAACGAAUCCGAAGGCAUUGAGUGUCAUCACGUACAUCUGUUUGGGCUAUAACAUUUAUGAGCCGAAAAUUUGGAACAAUGUCUUACGGCAAAUGGUCGCUCUACACAUGGCCGAUGAGCUCAAUUCGAUUAUCAACAAAAUCUCGGUGAAGCCAGAAAUCGUUCAUUCGGAUGGCAUUGUGGCCGCCUUUAAUUAUUUAAUUCGAUUACCGUUCAAGAACAUGGGCAAACUACGCACAGAUGAACAAGAUGAAGCGCUGUCCAAAUCAUUGUUCAUUCUUCAAUCGUGUCCAGUCAAACACAAGCUCAAUUUCGUCGAUUUGGUCGAAACGUGCAUCGCAAUGAAGCAGUUCCAUUUCGGAGCCGUGAUUCUAGCUCUGUCCAGAGACGAGCUCAAACCACAAAUCAAAAAGCUGCUGAUGUCACAUCGCCACGAGACACUGAAGGAAGCGAUCAUCAAUUUGGAAGAGUACGAUAUCUUUCCAUUUGUCACAGUGCAGGCUGUAAAAAUGCUAGAGCUAUAAUGAAAGAGCAUCCUGUCGGAGAAAAUUGUUGCAAUUUUGCAAAUAUCAAAACUCAGUCGAAUUGUGUUAGAUUUUGAACAUUUAUUAAGUUUUAUUUUAAGUAUUCGAGCAAGUCUCGACAACUGUGAAUAUCGCAUUGCUACAACUAAAAUAAGUUUUCGAGAUGAAAAUGUUCCCACUUGACAUCGCAUAAUAAUGCAACGAUAUCUGAAUCAUUGGAAGUCUCACCAUGCACGAUGACCUAAAGAUCAGAUAUUCGGUAUUUUUUUGCAUUUGUUGUUAUGUUGCGAAUGUUUGUUUAUGUUCAGUAGAUUGAGCUAGAACAGAAAUUGAAUGACAAGUAUGAAGACUAUCAAGUUGUUCAUCAUCAAUUGAAACUAGCCUAAGCAUUGUAAGUCUCGAAUUGAUGAGAUUCGACCGUUUGAUUAGAAUCAAAAUCGGUAUUAAUACAAAUGAUCUCGAUUAGAAUCGUUCAUUUCGAAAUAUGCAUUGAAUUAAUUGUAUUUUUAUAUAAGGCACAUGAAUCAUACAGUUUAGGCACAAUGAAUUCAAUACAAAAUAAACAUUGUUAAAGAUAAAUCAUACAAAAGAGAAAAAUACGGAUAUUAUUCAAUUAAAAUAAAAUAAUAAACAAAAAUUUAAAUAUCCAA